AUGGCUGCAUCAAGAGCCAACCGCCGGUUCUCGGUGCUCAUCGUCAACCCGAACACAUCGACGCACAUGACGGAUGCACUCAAGCCCAUUGUUGAGAGCUUAAACUAUACAGACGUGCAAUUCCAUUACUUCACGGCCCCGACUGAGCCCGUCACACUUCCAGAUGGGCGUGUUAUUGACGGAGUGCCGAGUAUCAACUCGGGGGAAGACUCGGUCACAUCAGCCUUACACUGCAAACCCUUCGUCGAGCCGCUCCUCCCAAAAUACGAUGCGUUUCUUAUUGCCUGCUACUCGGCUCAUCCGCUCGUCGGCAUGUUGAAAGAUGCAAUUGCGAAAUUGGAUCAGGAGACCAAGAAAUAUGCCACUGGCAUCUUCGAAGCUAGCGUCUUGAUGUCCCUCUCUUUGACCAGUUCCUUCAACCUAUCAGGUGGACCAGGCCUAGAAAAGGAACAAGCAAAAGACACAUUCGGCAUAGUCACUACGGGGAGCAUCUGGAAAGACGAGCUGACCAAAUCCGUCACAGAAUUGCUUGUCAAUUCUGGUGAUAGUCACAAUUCGUCUACUCGUUUUGCGGGAGUGGAAACCACUGGGUUGACGGCCGUUCAACUACAUACCACUGCACCUGAGGAAGUGAGAAAGAGAAUCAGCGAUGCGACAGAGAGGCUUAUCAAGAGCACACCGCAUCCUCUGAGUGCGAUUUGCAUGGGCUGCGCGGGAAUGGCAGGCAUGGAGGAAGCAGUGAGAGAUGGCUGCAUCAGAGUGUAUGGCGAACGCCAAGGCCGUCGAGUGAGGAUAGUCGAUGGCGUGGUUGCUGGUGCUGGAAUGCUUGUGACAGCUUGCAAAGCAGGAUUCUGA